AUGUAUCAAGCUAGGUCUAGAGCUGGCGAGCUCUUAAACGAGUUGAAGAAUGAAGUUGAUAACCUCAAUCAUGAUUUAGGACUUUACAAGAUACAUAAAGAUGAAUACGAACGAAAGUUCCAAAGUCAAAUGCAAGAAUUGCAACAUAUACAACAAAGUCUGAUAGAGUUGGAGAGAACUCAUAAUAGGGUCAAGGGUCAAUAUGAGGACGAGAUUAUGAGGUUAAAGAAACAGUUGGAGCAGGCGACAGGAUCGAGGGAUCUGAACAGCCCAAGCACAUUCAGAUCACAGAGUCCGGCGCCAGCAUCAGUCGGCCAGGCCCGAAGCACACCGACUCCAACCAUCCCAGACAAAGCCCCGCGCAGACGCUCCGGCGAGUUCUAUCCACAGCAGCCAGGUCAACCACCUCAGCUUCCACAACAGGGUGGUGGUGGUGUUGGCGGCGCACCCUCCUUCCCAGCGCUGUCCUCAAUUGACCAACGACUCAAACAGGAAAAGAAGGGAGUUGAGAUUGAGCCAAUGGAGCAACAGCAUCCAAAGGAGAAUAUGGGAGAUGAAAGAAGAAGAUAUAGCGAGGCAGAUGAUAAUGCCAAGGAAGGACAGGAUUGGCUAGUUGGAUACAAUCCAAAUGUACAAACAAACUUGAACAUAGAUUUGGCGCACACUUUUAUGCAUGGCAGCGUCGUGUGCUGUGUAAAGUUCAGUCCAGACGGCAAGUACCUGGCAUCAGGCUGCAACAGAAAUGCAACAAUAUACGACACUGAGACAGGAAGAAACGUUUGCCAAUUCUAUGAUGAUGGAGAUAAGGAGGGCGACCUCUACAUUCGAUCAGUAUGUUUCAGUCCAGAUGGAAAGUAUCUGGCAACAGGAGCAGAGGACAGGACUGUCAAGGUUUGGGACAUUGCGCACAAGAAGGUGCACCAGAAGUUCAGCGGACACGAGUUGGACAUUUACUCGUUGGACUACUCCCAAGACGGCAGGUUCAUCGUAUCCGGCAGUGGAGAUAAGAAGGCAAAGAUCUGGGAUCUCAAGGAAGGAAGAUGCGCAUUCACAUUGGGCAAUGAAGAGGUAGGACCAAAGAAUGGAGUCACUUCUGUUGCGAUCAGUCCUGAUGGACGUUUGGUGGCGGCUGGAUCGCUCGACAAUAUCGUCAGACUUUGGGACGCCCAUUCAGGCUACUUCCUCGAGAGAUACGAGGGUCACAUGGACUCGGUCUACUCGGUGGCCUUCUCGCCAGACGGAAAAUCUUUGGCAUCAGGCAGUCUCGACAAGACACUGAAGCUUUGGGAUCUGUCUGGCUCAAGGUCGCGCUCAAGAUGUCGCUCCACAUUCACUGGCCACAAGGACUUUGUCCUGUCAGUGGCCUUCUCACCAUGUGGCAAUUGGUUGAUCUCUGGCUCCAAGGAUCGAUCAGUGCAAUUCUGGGACCCCAAGACAGGCACAACUCACAUGAUGCUGCAGGGACACAAGAACUCAGUCAUCUCUGUGGCCCUGUCGCCCAAGGGCGGUCUGUUUGCCACUGGCAGUGGAGACUCGAGAGCAAGACUUUGGAAGUAUGACUCC